AUGACAUCUAAACCACAUAAUUUUCAUGUAAAAAUUCCAAUUGAGGAGGCAAAUAAAAAAAUUUCGAAAAUUGCCUGCUCUCCUAACAUGAAACACGUUGCUGCAUUGCACGAAGAUAACUAUGUUAGCCUUUGGUCUAUUGAUAGUCAACGGAAUCAUUUAGAGAAUGAAAAAACAAUCAAAAUUUACACAAAAGCAAUUGGUGAAAGAAUAUUUGCAAUUUCUGAUUAUAAACAUGUUGCAAUAAGUCUUGAUAGAAACAAACCCUAUAAUUUCAAAAUUUUCGAUUUUAAAAAGGAAAAGGAAGUAUUAUUAAAAUUUCCAGAUUGGCAAAAGGAAAUUGACUUCUUAUCCUUUAUUGAUAACGGAAAUAUUAUAAUG